UUUUUUUUUUUAAUUUUAAUCAUUAAAAAAAAAAACUAGGGUUUUGUAGGUAUAAGAAGGGUCCUUAUCUUCUCUCGUGUAGUUCCGUUCUUCUUCACACUGAGGCUCACCCCUUUGUCCUAAAUCACUGACCUUAAACCGAAUCUUCACAAAGAUGAAUCGUGAAAAGUUGAUGAAGAUGGCCGGUUCUGUUCGAACUGGAGGAAAGGGUACCGUUAGAAGAAAGAAGAAGGCCGUCCACAAGACAACAACUACAGAUGACAAAAGGCUUCAGAGCACCCUGAAGAGAAUAGGGGUGAAUGCCAUCCCACAAAUUGAGGAGGUCAAUAUCUUCAAGGAUGAUGUAGUUAUCCAGUUCUUAAACCCCAAAGUUCAAGCAUCCAUUGCUGCUAAUACAUGGGUCGUUAGUGGUGCUCCUCAAACAAAGAAGUUGCAGGAUAUACUCCCUAGCAUUAUCCACCAAUUAGGACCAGAUAAUUUGGAAAACCUGAAGAAGAUAGCUGAGCAAUUCCAGAAGCAAGCUCCUGAAGCAGGUACUGGUUCAGCCACAGUACAAGAAGAGAAUGAUGAUGAUGUUCCAGAUCUUGUCCCAGGAGAGACUUUUGAGACAGCUGCUGAGGAGGCCAAGGAUAGUUAGAUUGUUAUUGUGCCAUCUUCUGUUUUUUUUUUUUCAAAAAAGAAAAUCUUGAUUUUCAUAUUUAAGUAUUUCAGGGUGUUUAGUUAUCUUGUCAUAUACUUUAAACAGUCCGAAUACUUGAAUUAAAUCUGUUUUCCUUCAUCUAAUUCAAACUGUUCCUGCUUGGUUGCACUUGAUUUCA